GGUUAAUCCCAUUUGUUUCGUGGGUCUGACUGUGCCAACACACACACACACACUGGUUUCUCAAUCAGAGAAGGGAUUGAGAACAAAAUGUGCCCUCUGAGGCUCAUUCUCAUAUUCUUGUCCGCAACACUCGCCGGUUUCUUCGUCCUCAGAAACCUCAGAUCUCAGCCUAAGGUCGACGAUGAUGAUGCUGUUCCUACGAACCCAAAAAUCUCAGAUUCCACCGACACUUCCUCUAAUGGAACUUCCAAGGUUCGGGUUGCGUUAGAAUCUGGGUUCUGGACCUUUGUUGAUAUGGCUAGUGGUCGUUAUCUUUGGAGGCAUAUGGUGUCUUCCUCUUCAAAGAAAUCAUGCUGAUGUGAUGUGGUUGUAUCUUACCCUUGUUCAGCUUCAUGAUCUUUGUAGGCCCAAAUGGGUGAUUGAAUUUGAACAUUGCCUCUGAUAUUGUAAUUGAAGGGUCAAUUUGGAUGCUCUGCUGUAUCAUAGCUGUUGUUCAUAGUAUUGGGGUUUCUGUUGUGGGUUUUGAAUGCAUAGUGAAAGUCAUAAAUGGAAUAAUAAUAAAAAUAAUAUGAAUAAUAUUAAUAACCAUUGC